CGUAUACUGUUUGGCAGCACCGAUUCUCCUACUGGACACAAAAGGAUGCAUUUGCAUUGUUAAAAAAAAAACAGUAGUUGACGGCCAAGUAUAUAUUUUGUAAAGAAUUCAAUAUUGAAUUUUGAGUAUCGAGAAAACUUAGCAAGUUCUUUAAAUUAAAAUUUGAAGCAACAAGAAUCAGGCGCUGAAGCAAAGAAAUUUGAGUUAAAUACAAAAAUUAAGAAUGCCAAUGGGAGCAGAUCCAGUUUAUCAACCAACAACCGUAUCGGUCUCUUAUGAGCCUCGGCCAGGCAGGAACAAUAGCAGUCGUUCAAUAGCAUGCAAAUUACUGAGCAAUCCUCGAUUUCAGAUUAUGCUGCUGCUUUUUGGGCUUAUAACUUUAGCGACUGGCAUUGCAGUAGUAGCUAGCUCCAUCGCAGGUCACAUUUUCAUUAAUAGAAACUCCAAGGAUCUAGCCGAUGACGAUGCUGUUAUGACUUGUUCACAAAUGCCAAUUGGCAUGAUCAUCUCGGGUGCCUUUUUUUCGGCAACCGGAUUGUUUUGCCUUGGCGUGUACAUAACGGUGGCUGAUUGGCGGCGUAAUUGUAUUUGUCAAUGUCCAUUGUUUGAUAAGAAAAAAUCACUUGCUAGACAAUUGCAAUGCCAGAAUGGAGGUGUUUGUGGUGAAGGCAUAAUGGCGUUAAAUCCUUCUACAGAUCCGCUGGUAUCGCAUACACAAUAUGCACCAGUAUCAGAGUUGCCGCACCGCUGUGAUGAAGAAGAACGUAGAAAUUUGAUGCCUGAUAACAAAGAUUGCCUCAGUAGCGCCGAAGAGUCUGAUCGUAUGCUCGAACCUGAUCCACGUAUCGUUUUGCGACCAAUGGGUCGCGUCGACGAUGCCUAAGAGUUUUUAGUAAAUUGAAAUGGAUUGAUUUUGCGAUAAUUAGGAAAAGUAGAGACGUAUGCAUCGAUUACGUAUUAUUGGUAUGGAUUUAAAAGCGGAGUUUCUACCAACUUUUUACUUUUGUUGUUGUGCUUAGAAAGGUGUAUUUUAUAGCAUUCAUUCAGGAUGUUUAAUUUUUUUAAUAGCAUAUGUUUGAAUAAUUUGACUGUCAUCCUUACUAAUUACCCUAGUAAUGAAUAAGCAGGCUAAAUUUCGUUUUAAAAAAAUAAAUGUUAAAUUUUUGAGUACCAAAAUCUAUGGGCUGCUUAAAUGUUCUAUUAAAUUUUAAAUAAAAUGUCAUAAUCUCGUAGCUGUAAGCAAAUAUUUAAUCGCUUAGGCAAAGUUCAGCAAUUUGUUGGGCACGCACACCAUUUACAAAUGGAAUUAGAGAGUAGAAAUAUUGUAAGGAACUAAAAAAUGAACCAUUUCAAAAUACUAAGUAUAAUGAAAUGGACAGUUCUCGUAUAAGUAUUACUUAAGUGAAUCACGUACACAUAUACAUAUAUACAAGUUAAAUAUUUGAAAAACUUAAAUGUUUGAAUCGUGCAAACAAACUUUUUUUCUAAACAUAUUUUUUGUGUCUUAUUUAUAAGUAAUUAAGCACUUUGCUUUCACAACCAAUAAAAUAACGUAUUUUCUAAACUAAA